UAGAUACACACACACACAUAUAUAUAUAUAUAUAAUUUUUCAUUGCAAUAUGUGAAUAAACAUUAUCCUGUUGGCAUCUGGAAAAUCUUUGUAGAAAGCAAGUUAUAAAUAUCGGUACAAAACGCGGGUGUAGUUAUAUUGGAUUUGAAAGGUAGACCGUUGCAUAUAUGACAAUUGAAUCUCGAUGUUUUAAAAAAAUCUUUUGUAAAUCAGUGUCAAUUCUGACACAAGAAUUGACAUUUGUAUCGAAUUAACAUCAGUAAUUUUUUUUUACGAGAAAAAGAACGCGAUCGAUCGUCCGAAAACAUGGGAAUCAUAUUAUCCAGAUUUCGAGUAAAGAAAACAACUAUUGAAAUUUUAGAAGAUUUAGAUUCGAAAAUAAAAGAAAUACAAGAAUAUGGACAAAAUACUGAACAAAAGCACAAAAAGAUUGUUGGAACACUUGUCAUUUAUAGCGUUGUUCUUUAUAUUACAACAGCCUUCAUUUUCUAUUUUUACUUCUUCCCAGCCUCUUUGUAUGAUCAAAUAUUCUAUAUUACUCCAUUAUUAAUUUUUCCAAUUAUAAUACUAUUUACAAAAAAAAUGGUAUCAUGGUACUAUAAACGCAAAAUAUCUCGGAAUCAAGAAAAGUUGAUAAUAAUGCAACAAGAGAAGAGUAAAAUUUUAGAUGAAGUUACAGAAACUGAAACAUAUAAAAAAGCCAAAGAGAUUUUAUUACGAUUUGCACCCGAUCAACUGAAAAUGACAUCAACAUCUGUUAAAGUACCAGAGACAGUAGAAAAAUUACGACAACCCAACAUACCACAUAUUAUCGCAUUUUCAUCGCCUGGUAUAGGAGAAAUAAGAAGAAGAACUGUAGGAAAUCCUAAUCAGUCACCCAAUGUUUCAAGGGAUAUCAAUGCUCGAAGUUUACCUGUUGAUGGAACUCCUAAUAAAAGCACACAGUUAAAUACUCCUAUUCAAACUGGUUUUAGGAUGCUUAGUAAUACAUCCAUGGGCUACAGAACACCUGAGUAUACAUUAGCACGUCCUGUAUUACCACAUCACAGAAGCAAUUUUGACCGUUUAAUCGAUUACUUGGUGGGUGAUGGGCCAUCAAAUCGUUAUGCUUUAAUUUGUCGUCAGUGCGAAUGUCAUAAUGGAAUGGCUCUUAAAGAAGAAUUUGAAUAUUUAGGAUUUAGAUGUUGUUAUUGCAAUUUUUGGAAUCCUCCAAGAAAACAAAAACCAGGAGUCCAAAGAAUAGAAGAUGUUUCUUCUAAUACGUCUCCAACUUCUGGAACACUUGCAAAUGAUUCAUCUGAUAAAAUCAUAAAGACAUCAAAACUUCCGGAAGUAGAGGCAUCAUGUUCAUCUGAUACUGAUUCAGAUAUUGAACUAGUUGAAAGACCAGCAGAAAUAUCUGAAAACCAAGAGCAUAUUGAUGAUAAUUAUACUAAUUUCAAUAUAAAUGAAAAAGGAAUGCAAAGCUCAGAAGAUAAAAAAUCCAACGAAGAAAUGGAAGUUGAAGAUUGAUAUCUUAAGAAUUCAGUCGGCAUAGGUACUAUAUUACUGUUGAUAAUGACAUUAAUAAUACAGCGCAAUAUAUUAUAAUUGUGUUUUAUGUUUAGUAGUGGUCAAUUAUAUAAAGAUUUGAAAAGAAAUUAUUAAAUUCUCAACAGUUAAAAAAAAUAUCAUUCCAAGUUAUCUUUGUGCAAUCGUCAGAGAAAUUGCAUAAAAAGUUUAAUAGCACAGUAUGAUAAAGAUAGAGUUUCUUUUUAAUUAUAACAAAUAAUCAUUCUUUCCAGUUUGCAUCUAAAUAAUGUUUCUAUUAAUUUUACAAUCUUAAUUCAUUUAUCAUUAGAAAAAUAAUCAAAUUCUUAUAAUUUAGUUAUAAACUAUGUAUUUCAUAUGAGACUGUUUAUCUUGAUAAUAGAAACAAAUUAGUAUUUAUAUUAGAAGAACUUUUUGCAAGUGAACAUAAAAAUUAUUAAAUUUUUUCAUAUUUUGGAAAAUAAGAAAAAUAUGUUUAAUGUAAUUUUAUUGCAUUUUAUUUAUUCUUUUCUUUUUUAGAAAAUUCCAAAAUAAUUUAUAUUUUACUGAAAGAUAAAUUCUAUAGACCUGACUAAUUUAUAAAAUUACUAGUAAUUGAUAUUAUAUUUUUAAGUAUUCAAAAUGCUAAUUGAAGAAUUAUAUAUACAUAUAAAAAUGAUACAUAUGGAAAAUAUUUUGAUGUUUACACUUAAUAAAAAGAAAAAUACAUAUUUAAUGAGAUGUUUGCUACAAAAAUAUAUUUGUUAAGUACGUUAUAAAUUCUGCACGAUAAAAGCUUAAGUGUUAUCUUACAAAGAUUAAAAGAUAUUAGAAAAUCAAAGAAAUAAGUCUCGCGAGACACUUAUUUGUCUAUUAAUACUAUAUGAGAAAAUGUUUGAAGUUAUUAUAUGCAUAAUAAUAUAGUAGACAUUCGUUGUUUUGGAUUAAUAUUACGUCGAAUGUAAUCUCCACAAGCAAAAAAGCAGAUAUAUUUGUAAUGUAUAAGUGUAUAUGUAUAUCUAAAUAUUAUAAGUUAUAUAUACUAUACAUAUACAAAUUUUAAAGUUAAAUAAAAUUUUACAUGAAUAUUUUUAUAACAAAAAA